AUGGCUGGUGAGAAGACGGGGCUGGUGCUGCUGGACUUCUGGGUGAGCCCGUUCGCGCAGCGCUGCCGCAUUGCGCUGGCCGAGAAGGGCCUGGCCUGCGAGUCCCUGGAGCAGGAGCUUCUGGGCGCCAAGAGCGACCUCCUCCUUGGCUCCAACCCCGUCCACAAGAAGGUCCCCGUGCUCCUCCACGACGGCCGCGCCGUCUGCGAGUCCCUCGUCAUCCUCGAGUACAUCGAGGACGCCUUCCCCGGCGCGGCCCCUCUGCUCCUCCCCACCGACCCGCACGCGCGCGCGCAGGCGCGGUUCUGGGCCGACUACGUCGACAAGAGGGUGUACAGCUGCGGGACGCGGCUAUGGAAGCUCAAGGGGGAGGAGCGCGCGGCGGCGCGGGCCGACAUGCUGGAGACGCUCAGGACGCUGGACGCCGAGCUCGGCGACAAGGCAUUCUUCGGCGGUGAGGCGUUCGGGUUCGUGGACGUCACCCUCAUACCGCUCACGUCGUGGUUCUACAGCUACGAGAAGCACGGCGGGUUCAGCGUCGAGGAAGAGUGCCCGAGGCUGGCGGAGUGGGCGCGGCGGUGCGGGGAGAGGGAGACCGUGGCCAAGGUCCUGACGCCACCGGAGGAGGUGCACGACUUCAUCGGCCUGCUCAAGAAGCACUACGGCCUCGAGUAG